UCUUCCGCUCAGCGCGCGUGGCGCAAACAAAUAAACAAAGUUACAAAUCUGAUAGGAGAUUCAACGAACAUCGAUCUCCUAAAGAGCGAGAGAACAUUCCUCGAGACGAGAAUGGAUAUUCUAUACGCGGCAAGUAAUCGACUCUGCGAAGCGCUAGCAGAUAAUCACGAAGCAAAAAAGGAGGCGGUGGCGCAAUUAGAAUCACUGGAGCGUGAGCAUUCAGACACGCUGAGAAGAUUAAAUAACAAACUUUCGGAUCUUAGACAAGAUGUAAGCGAACGCUCUUCACGAUCAAAACAUUCCAGCCGAAGUUCUCGAAGCCUUAAAUCCGAGAAAUCAUCUAUCGCAUCUUCGCUAUCAAAAAGAGCGGAUAUGGCUGCAAAUGUUGCAAGACUUAAAACUCAGUUGGAAUUUGCGGACGCCGAAGCACGGAAAACAACUACUUUGAAGGAGUGCGAGGACGAACUUAAACGAUUUAGACUAAGCAAGGAGCUGGCAGUCGCCAAAGCCGAAAUGGAAGCGGUCAAUGUAGCCGAUGAAAAGAAAAUUGAGAAGGACGAUCGCGAGGAAGAUCAGUUUCUCCCACAAGAAACCGACAGGAAUUACGUUCUCCAAAAUUAUUUGAAGACUCGUGAUCAAAUGUCAACGGUGACAGACGCCAGCCUUCCGACCGUUGAAACGUAUAUUGAAUCUGUUUUG